CCCUUCCUACGCGUGUGUAUAUUAGGAAGGAGGAACGGCCAGGCCCGUUCAUCCACCUCCCCUGGAGAGUCCGUAGAGGGGCGUGGCUGAUCAAAGAAGUCUGAAGGCCGUUAUCAGCCUGGAGAGCUAGUGGAUCGGAUCCCUUCGAUCGGGGCGGAGGCUUGAGACCUUUUCCCUGUGUGCCAGCGCUUGGAUGCUUUUCAGUCCCAGUGUCUUGUUCCUUCUACCCAGUUUUUCUCGUUUGCUUCAUCGUGCUGCAAUGAGCACCAUCACUGGUACAUUUCAACUGCAGCAACCCCUCAACUACCGAGAGGGUGCCCGUAUUGAGCCUGUGGAUGGAGACCACAGUGAGGAGACAUAUGAACCAGCAACUGGGCGAGUUAUUGGCAAAUUUUUCUUCUCUGGGGAGAAGGAGGUGGAUCUGGCUGUGCAGAGUGCAAAGACUGCCUUUAAAAUAUGGAGUCAGAAAUCAGGCAUGGAACGGAGCAGUAUCCUGCUGGAGGCUGCAAGGAUAAUCCGGGAGCGAAGGGAAGAAAUAGCUACCUUAGAAACAAUCAACAAUGGCAAAUCCAUCUUUGAAGCCCGAAUAGAUAUUGACGUCUCUUGGCAGUGUCUGCAGUAUUAUGCCGGCCUAGCUGGCUGCCUAGCAGGUCAGCACAUCCAGCUUCCUGGGGGAUCCUUUGCUUAUACAAGAAGAGAACCUCUUGGGGUAUGUGUUGGGAUAGGAGCUUGGAACUACCCUUUCCAGAUUGCCUGCACAAAGUCUGCCCCUGCUUUAGCCUGUGGUAAUGCCAUGGUCUUCAAGCCUUCUCCCUUCACCCCUGUCACCGCUGUGAUGCUGGCAGAGAUCUUCAGUGAGGCUGGAGUUCCCAAGGGGCUUUUCAACGUGGUGCAGGGUGGAGCUGCCACAGGACAAUUCCUGUGCCAGCACCCAAAUGUGGCCAAGGUCUCUUUCACCGGGAGUGUGCCUACAGGCAUCAAGAUAAUGGAGUUGGCAGCCAAAGGGAUCAAACCAGUUACUCUGGAGUUAGGGGGCAAGUCCCCCCUUAUCAUCUUCUCUGACUGUAUCCUGGAAAAUGCUGUGAAAGGAGCCCUCAUGGCCAACUUCCUUACUCAAGGCGAGGUUUGCUGCAAUGGCACGCGGGUAUUUGUGCAACGUGAGAUCCUGAAUUCCUUCACCAAGGAAGUUGUGAAACAGACACAGAAAAUCAAAAUUAGUGACCCCUUGCUGGAAGACACAAGGAUGGGAGCACUUAUCAACCGCCCCCACCUGGAGAAGGUGUUGAGCUUUGUUAAACAAGCACAGGAGCAGGGUGCAGCAGUGUUGUGUGGAGGAGAUGCAUAUGUGCCAGAUGACCCAAAGCUGAACAAUGGCUUCUACAUGUCUCCCUGUGUGCUAGGAAACUGUAAGGACGACAUGACGUGUGUAAAAGAGGAGAUUUUUGGGCCUGUCAUGUCCAUCCUGCCCUUUGACACUGAAGAAGAAGUCCUGGAACGAGCCAACAACACCCGUUUUGGCCUGGCAGGAGGUGUCUUUACCAGGGAUAUCCAGCGAGCCCACAGAGUAGUGGCUGGUCUCCAGGCUGGGGUGUGUUACAUCAACAACUACAACGUCAGCCCUGUGGAGCUACCCUUUGGAGGAUACAAGAUGUCAGGGUUUGGCCGAGAGAAUGGCGAAGCAGCAAUAGAAUAUUACUCCCAACUGAAGACUGUCUGUGUGGAGAUGGGCAAUGUGGAGUCUGUGUUUUAAUGGCCCUGGUUAGCCCAUUUCUUGCAGUUAACAAUCAGCUGAAGUGCUAUGUACCAUGGAGGUGACCUGGAGUGUGUGACCCUGUUGCUAUCUCCCUACUGCUUUGGAUCUCCUUAUUUCAUUCUACUGCCUUGAAAACUUGUAGCGGCAAAAGGAGAAAUAGCUCAUUGGCAGCAUCCUCUAGCCAGCUCUCUCGUUAUGCUUCUUGCCCAGUUUUCUGACUUUAGGAGCAAAGUUUCAGCAGUGCAUGCCACAGCUGCCUGUUCCCCUUUACAAGGGCUGAGACAACGUAUCUCCUUGCUGCUCCUCUGUUUUAGCUGUCGUCAUGACAACGUUCUGCCCGAGGUCACGUACUAGAUGUCUGCCACAAAGGAGGUUGAUCGUAUCUCUGCUGCUUUUUCUAGGUGGGCACUUUUGUACACUGUUUUCUAAGCAAAUAAACAGCUGCUGUUGAGCAGUAAUGACAUAAAACAA